UUCCUGGAGACUGCGACGGCGAGCGACGGGAAGAGUAGGCUGCCGUUCUUCGGUCGGCGCUGACGGAGGCGGGGACGCGGCGGAGGGGAUCGGUAGUUUCUAGUUCUGGAUCCGGUAUCUUAAGGGCCCCCCGAGCCCGCGGCGUGUUGGAGUCGGGGGCCCUCGGGCGGAGGCUGGGGGUCGGCGGUGGCGGCGGCGGAGAUUUCCUUUAUGGAGAGAGUCUUAUAGUAUGAUCAUGAAGUUUCUGUUUCAUGAAGUUUCUUCUGGAAUAAAAAUGAAAUUUAUAUGGCAGAAUCAAGAGAAUUGGUUUGAUAUAUAAAAAAAGUGGUGCGUAUUUUUUAUAAAUAACCAUGACAACUUCCCAUAUGAAUGGGCAUGUUACAGAUGAAUCAGACAUUGAAGUAAAAAACGUUGAUCUGACAUCUCCAGAAGAAUCUCAGAGACAUCGAGAGAUGGCGGUUGAUUGCCCAGGAGAUUUGGGAACAAGAAUGAUGCCAGUACGUCGAAGUACACAACUAGAACGAAUUCGCCAACAACAAGAGGACAUGAGGCGCAGGAGAGAAGAAGAAGGAAAAAAACAAGAACUGGAUCUCAAUUCUUCCAUGAGACUUAAGAAACUUGCACAAAUUCCUCCCAAAAUUGGAAUAGAUAAUCCUAUAUUUGAUAAUGAAGAAGGAGUUAUUUUGCAAAGUCCUCAUUCUGCUGUGAAGAUACUAGAAGUGGAAGACCUGUUUUCUUCACUCAAGCAUAUUCAGCAUACUUUGGUAGAUUCCCAGAGCCAGGAUGACAUUGCUCUGCUUUUACAACUUGUACAGAAUACUGAUUUCCAGAAUGCAUUUAAGAUACACAAUGCUGUUACAGUGCAUAUGAAUAAAGCCAGCCCUCCAUUUCCUCUUAUCUCCAAUGCACAAGACCUCGCACAGGAGGUACAAGCAGUUUUGAAACCAAACCCUCAGAAGGAAGGACAAGAGUUAAAUGCUUUGCUAAAUGCUCCUCAUAUUCAGGCACUCUUAUUGGCCCAUGAUAAGGUUGCUGAGCAGGAAAUGCAGCCAGAGUCCAGUACAGAUGAGAGAGUUUAUGAGAGCAUUGGCCAUUAUGGAGGGGAGACUGUAAAAAUUGUUCGUAUUGAAAAGGCUCGAGAUAUUCCAUUGGGUGCUACAGUUCGUAAUGAAAUGGAUUCUGUCAUCAUUAGUCGGAUAGUAAAAGGAGGAGCUGCAGAAAAAAGUGGACUAUUACAUGAAGGAGAUGAAGUUCUGGAGAUUAAUGGCAUUGAAAUUAGGGGGAAAGAUGUCAAUGAGGUUUUUGAUUUGUUGUCUGAUAUGCAUGGCACACUCACAUUUGUGUUAAUUCCUAGCCAGCAGAACAAGUCCCCUCCUGCCAAAGAAACAGUAAUCCACGUUAAAGCUCAUUUUGACUAUGAUCCUUCUGACGACCCCUAUGUUCCUUGCCGAGAAUUAGGCCUGUCUUUUCAAAAAGGAGAUAUACUUCAUAUCAUCAGUCAAGAAGAUCCUAACUGGUGGCAAGCCUACCGGGAAGGAGACGAAGAUAAUCAACCUCUGGCGGGACUUGUUCCAGGGAAAAGCUUUCAGCAACAAAGAGAAGCCAUGAAGCAAACCAUAGAAGAAGACAAAGAGCCAGAAAAAUCAGGAAAAUUGUGGUGUGCUAAGAAGAAUAAGAAAAAAAGAAAAAAAGUUUUGUAUAAUGCCAAUAAAAAUGAUGAUUAUGACAACGAGGAGAUACUAACUUAUGAAGAAAUGUCACUCUAUCACCAGCCAGCAAAUAGGAAAAGGCCUAUCAUCUUGAUUGGCCCACAGAACUGUGGCCAGAAUGAACUUCGUCAGAGGCUUAUGAAUAAUGAAGCAGAUAGGUUUGCAGCUGCAGUUCCCCAUACAACUCGAAGUAGACGAGACAAUGAAGUAGCUGGAAGAGAUUACCACUUCAUUUCACGACAAGCUUUUGAGGCAGAUAUAGCUACUGGAAAGUUUAUUGAACAUGGUGAAUUUGAGAAAAAUUUGUAUGGUACCAGCAUAGAUUCUGUGAGACAAGUGAUCAACUCAGGCAAGAUAUGCCUUUUAAACCUUCGUACACAGUCAUUGAAGAGCCUUCGGAAUUCAGACUUGAAGCCAUAUAUUAUCUUCAUUGCACCCCCUUCCCAAGAAAGGCUGCGUGCAUUAUUGGCCAAAGAGGGCAAAAAUCCAAAGCCAGAAGAAUUGAGAGACAUCAUUGAGAAAACUAGAGAGAUGGAGCAAAACAAUGGCCAUUACUUUGACACUGCAAUUGUGAAUUCAGAUCUUGAUAAGGCAUAUCAGGAGUUGCUUCGAUUAAUUAAUAAACUUGAUACUGAACCUCAGUGGGUACCAUCUACCUGGCUAAGGUGAAAAAAAAAAGAUCAUUCCAUAGCAUGAUUGUAUUUUCUCUGGCAAACUGCCAACAAGGAAAAUUGCCUCCAUACUUUAAUGAGACUUGAGUAUUAGGUGGCCAACAGUAUCUUUAUACCUCUCUUUUUAUAUCUCUUGUGUUAAUAUGAUUGGGAGAUUGUGUUCUGGAUGUUUGUGAACAGAGUUCUUUACCUGCAUUGUUCUAGGGAGUCCUUACUCAUUUUUGAAUUAUAAAUAUUAAGCUUCAAACAAAACAAUCCCAUUUUAAUCAUGAAAAUCUUUGAAUCCUGUUUUUACUUAAUAACUAAAUCUGUUUUUUAUCCAGUCACAUUUCCAUAAUGUAGUACAUGUGCAUAUGUGUGUGUGUGUAUAUAUAUAUAUGUGUGUGUGUGUGUGUGUGUGUCACAUAGUUAUAAAUAUUGAUGUUAUUUAACACUUAAAAGAAAUUUACCUUGUGGAAUCUUUUUUGGUCAUUUUAGACUAUGCCUCUCAACUACUGGGCAGUACAUCAUUUGCCCAAAAAACUAGUUUUAUUCAAUCAGAAGUGCUUUCUUUUUUUAAAAAAAAAGGACAAAAAUACACUGAUUUAAUUUUAUUUUUUAUUAAAAAGAUAUGCUACUUUGGUCUGAUUCAACCCUCUUAGGCUUGAAUUCAUUCUUAAGUGUACUAUAUUUUAUCAUAAACUAGAUUCCAUUUUGACAGCACUGUAAUUUGGCUAAUGUUUAUAAUGUAAAUAUUUCAAACUUCCAUCUUUUCAGAACAAACUUUGUACAUUAGACAACUUCACAUUCAGCAACCUUGGGUCCAAUGAAAGACACCAUUUGGUUGGUCUUUUAAGUGUGAAUAUUUUAUGCACAUCUCUUUUCCCUUUAAAUUAUAUACCAACUGAUUUGAGAACUUCUUCCUUCCUCUGAUCUGUAGUACAACAGAAGAAAUAAGUUACAUGUUUAUGGAAGAUGUUCAUAUGAAAUGUGAUUUUUUUUUUUAAUAAAAUGAGUUUCUUCCUCAA